AUGGAACGCGUCCGGGCUACAAAGCUGCAGGAGAUUCUCGAUACAACAGUCAGCGCGACCUUACGUGCCUGCUCCUACGAUAAACUGGCAAGCUGCUUCCCGACCCUGGCGCAAAACGACGCGCCCUCCCUCGAGCAUGCUCAGCAGCAGGUCUACGACUUUUUACAAACAACCAUGGCGCAAGAGUUUGGCAAGAUUCUAGCGGAGCGGGAGGCAGUACAGAGGCUGGAUGAACUCGAUCUGCUCAUCAAGCAGGCAAGAGAGCGCAAAGAGCGCGGCGAAGCACGGACAGAGCACAUGGAUCUCCCGCCCGAGGUCAUCUUGCAGGCACACCUCAUCCCCGUCAAGCGCCGGGAGCUCGAGGGGAUGCGGCUAGCACUGGACCAGCUGCAGGCGGAGAACGGGCAAGCGCUCGCUGCGAUGGAGACGACGCGGGUGCAGCUCGAGCAAGAGGCUGCAAAUUUACAAGCGCUGCUGCAGACACCACAACCAUGA